AUGGUGAAACUUCUCGACAAGAUCAACCAAAAGUUAGAGCUCUAUAGACUCGAGAAGCGAUAUAUCAACAGCCGAAACCGCCGCAGCACAUUUGUCUCCGAUGCAGUAUACGUAGAUGGCGAAUACUACUCGGCAAAUAGUGCAUAUACCGCAAAUUGCACAGCAGGCGAUGGAGACAGUGGGAGAAAUUCAUCCUCAUCGAAGGAAAGCAAGCUUACGAAAGAUACAACGGGAAAGACAAUGGCGUCGAUAAGAUCAAAGAGAGCGAGUUUGAUGGAUUGGAGGCGGGGAAGUGUAAAGGAAAAAUAUACUGAGAGGGAAGGGACGAAGGUUAGUGUGAGGGAGUUAAACUGGGAUGGAAGCGUGCGAUCAUAG